CCGUCGUCGAACAACCAGAUCAGACAGUCAAGAUGGCUCCCGCACGCAAGAAGUGGUCCAAGGGCAAGGUCAAGGACAAGGCCCAGCACGCCGUUGUCCUCGAGAAGCAGGUCGCUGAGCGUCUCAACAAGGACGUCCAGUCUUACCGUCUCAUCACCGUCGCCACCCUUGUCGAUCGUCUUAAGAUCAACGGCUCCCUCGCCCGUAAGGCUCUUGAGGACCUUGAGGAGAAGGGCCAGAUCAAGAAGGUUGUCGGCCACUCCAAGUUGAACAUCUACACCCGUGCCGUUACCGCUGAGUAAACGUUUCCUCACUAGUCUUUUCUCGCGGUCCUCUCAUAUUUUACGAAUGAUAUCUCUCAAAAUUCGGAAGCUUGGCUGGGCGAAUGAUGUAUAGUGGUUCAAUGAAUCAAUCAAUUUCGGAGUGAAAUCUUGCUUUUCCGCUACUGGACGUAUCACGUAAAUGCCUGUUAGAAUCGACCAAGAAACGACCCUCGCAAACAACCGCAACCAUACACAGUUUCAAGAAACGCAUGCGGGGACCGCCAAGUAGGAAAGAUGACAGAUAAGAGAGCAGUACCUAUCAGCUACGUAGCGCACGCGAUAACCGGCAAAAAAAAAAAAAAAAAAAA